CCUGAAGGCAUUGGCACUAUACAGAUCGCAUUUUUUCACAUCAUCAGAGAUGCAGUUCUGGUAGUGUUACACUUUUUAGUAAUGACGUUGGCCUUUGCAAGUGCCAUAACUAAGGUAUUUGUGACCGAGAAGACAAUGGCAAGCGAAGGCACCUCAGGAAAGCAACCGUGAGUUUUGUUCCAGAUAGUUUAUAAUAAUAAUAAUAAUAAUAAUAAUAAUAAUAAUAAUAAUAAUAUAUUUUUUUAAAUAAUAACUACAAAACUUUAUUCAUAGAUUUAAAAAAAUAGACUAUUUACAGACUCAAGAAUAUGAAAUAUUAAAAUAAAUACCCUAUGUACAUUCUUCUUGUGUACGAAAGAGAAUUGUCGUAAAAUGACUAUCUAAAGACUACUAAUAACAAUUAUAAAAAGCAUCAAAAAGUUGAUAAAAAAAUAAAAACUAUUUAAAAAUAAUAAUUCAAACUGAUAAAAAGUUAAUAAUAAUAAUAAUGGAAUAUACUUUAUUGAUAACAAUGCUAACUAUUAAAAUCUUAUUUACGAUUAAUUCACUUAAAAAACUAUUUUGUCAAAACACCAUUUACAAUUCCUUUAGUCACCCAAUUAUCAAUAUAAGUUGAGAAAAAUUUGGCUUAUUAUGAUUUAUUGAAUUUUUGGAACAAACACUUCAUGUCCCUCUAAGGUGAUGCAAAAUGGAAUUUUGAGCAUAAUUCAGGCCAUAAACAAACCAAAUUGUUGAAAAGAAGCCCUUAUUCUGUAUUUGGCAAGUGAAAAUGAAUUUUCAAAGCCACACCAGUCUCGUUGUUUAGAAAUACACCGACUCUUUCCUAAAAUUGAUCUAAAACGGGCCUCUGAUUAACACAACAAACACAUGAUUUAGCAAAACAAGGGUGAUUUUUUUCUUUUUUUUCUUUGGCAAUCAGCUGUGCUAAACGGCUAUGAUACAUGAAGCUCUCCUUUCCCAUUCCGCCAGUUGUGGUGAGGACCAAAGGUGUAAAUAUUCUAUGCUCGAUGUCCAGGACUCUCUUGCAGUAGAGACGCUUUUUCUCGUUCUCAUGGAUACGAUAAAUUUUUUGUGGCUCUGGGUCCCUAUACGAUACAGCAUUAGGGUGACAGACCCUCACAUCGAAGAGUGCUGAUCAAUGUCGCUCCCAAAAACCACGUGCGUGGAUAUCUAACCUCGCUUCCUGAGCUUUGUUAGAUCCUCUGUUUAAAUGUUUGCCGGACGUGUCUUGAAGUACUGGCUCGAUCGCGACAUCGCUACACACCAUACUCGGAAAUUCAGCUUCGAGAUCUCUUAGCUCGUUGUGGCGUUGAGUAAUAAAACCUCCUGCUAAUCAUAGAGUGAUCAGCCGUAAAGGCUUCCCCACAAGAAAAUGUGGAGGGGAUAUCUUCCACUGGCCAGUCUUAGCGUAGUUUAGCGGCAUCACGGAAUUCCCUCUUAUUCAGGUUAAAGCCUUAAUCCUGGAGGGGAAGCACUGUUAGCCAUGCUGAUGAUCCCUUUUCUGUCGCCAGAUCUGAUGCUCGCUGAGUCUUUCUUGAUGCCGUCUCCUUAAUACGCUCUGCCAUGUGUUCGAGUUCCUUUGAUCUUUCACUUCUUACUUCCUGUUGUGCUAGUUUUGUGAGGGAGUCUUCAGGUAACUGAUGUGACUGAGAUACAGUUUGUUCAACAAGGGGCUUUGUUACUUUGACGGACGAAGCAUAUUCUCGCCUUGCUUCAAGGAACGGACGGGUUUCCCAGGCCCAGGCCACCCAAGCGAGCUGGCAGCGCUAAAAUAUUCCUAUCCAGCUGAUUACACUUGCGCUCAGUCAUUGAUCCAAUUGGUCACCUUUUCGCAAACAUAUUCCUCUAAAUAGUCCCUUGAUCCUAUUGCCGCCCCAGGGUGUUUCUGUCCUUGUACUAGGGAACUUAAGAUGGAGACGUUUUCGGGGCGACGGCAACUCAAACCGGAAGUGACGUCAUGAUUUGUGCAAUAUUGCGCAUGCUCUUGCUCACCACAUUGCCGUCGUGCUCCCGUCGGCGACGUGAAACUGGUCUGUUUGGCGUUGUGGCGAGAACUUUCAUUUCAAUCAGGUUUGUUGCGUUUAGCAACCAGAAUUUUGCAGAUUAUCGUUCUUAAAUGGUCCUUAUUUUCUUUGAGUCACAUUUCAAGCUGGAUCUACAAGCUCUGUUAUCUAAACUUGUAUCUUUAUAAUGUUUCUAUUUUUCAUGUCACAGAGUCAAGAUCCAAACAUGGCAAACAGCAAACCGUAAGUGAGCUUUACAUGGACAAAAUUGUCCUACUAGCCAAAUGAAAGUGUCCAGACAACAAGUAUGAACUCCGAUAUUUUAAUUGUGUGUUUUUGGCUCACUUUUUUCGUUAGAGUAUCCUAUGAAUGAAACUUUGGUAUUGAAAAUUGUUUAGAAUAAUAAUAAUAAUAAUACCACGUACUAACGUGGGAAUACUGAAAUAAAGUUGUUGUUGUUGCUGUUAUUGUUGUUGCAUGCAAGCAAAUACGCAUUACUUUUCUUAAUUCUUUAUGCGUAGCCAUAUUUUCCUCUUCGGUAAUCUUCCAAGGCGCUGUCCUCCUGAGUUCACUGCGAUCUUAAUGUUCGAAUUUUGGAGGGAAGCGACGGCAACCUGUGUUCCAGGCUUGCUCUGCCAGUCCGGUUGCCGUCGCCCCGAAAACGUCUCUAUCUUAAGUUCCCUACUGUUACGUUAAUGGACGUGUCCUUAAAAGCUUCCCUGACACUUUCUUCCUUAGCUGGUUUUGCGAUGAUCCAGCAUUUCCUGUCGUUCGAAAAAUAACCAAUAUCCGGACCAAGGGUGCUAAGGGCAUCCCACCACGUCCUAAUUUCCAUAAUGGAGGCAGCUGCACUAGCAUCAUCUGCAAACCAACAUUGCUUCACAAUGGACGCUGCUUGUAGACUCGUAAUUAAAGGCUGGAUGCUUAAGGCAUAUAGACCCAUAGCAAGCGGAUCGCCCUGUGUUGUUCCUUCUGCUGACAUGAUCUCUUUCCCACCAAUAACAAAUAGCCGAACUGGCUGUGUGUAGGUAUUAAUAGCGUAAAUUGUUAUUAUAGGACACAGAAUCCGGAUGUUGUGCAGUGCAGCUGCUCUGUUGAGUGCGUCGAAUGCAUUAGAGGCGUCGAUAAGCAGUACGGCAUCAGUGUCACCUGAAUCAAAUAUAGUAUGCAUAGCGUGUAUUGCAGCCUCGCAAUGUAAUUCUUUUCUGAGAGCUUCUCGGCUAGGCGUUUGAGAAAGCAGUUGCAGUCGGCUCCCAUGCCACCGUUGGUUUCAAAAACUAGGGGAGUAAAGGAUCCCAUUUCAACGUCCGGCACACUCUGUUGGUGCUUCCGCUUUUUCUCCUCCUCCUGCUUCUUAAAGAUUGUGGAUGUUUCUUUUGACCACAGCAGAUCCGAGGGUAGAGUGGAAUCAAUACUUUCCAUUCUCGAUUUCACCGGCGCAGUUUUCAAGGCCUGAUGUUGUCUUUUUAACUUUUCCGUGGAAUUCUUGCCUACGACCAUGAACAUGCUCUGUGUGGUAGUAGAAUCUACGCGUGGUGGUGUUAUUAACUUAGAAACAGCAAACUGCUGUGGAGCUUCAAUCCGUAAUUCGGGUACGCCUACCCCUCUUUGAUCGGGUGUCAAAGUAACAAGCUGACGCAGAUCACUAGGGAGGGGUGCCGUUUGACCGAAUAGUGUUGAGAGAAGUAAAUCAUCGAUCGCCUCUUGGAUAGGGUCAACGUAAUCUUCAAACGACUUGGAUUUGUAACCCUUCGAGAAAACAGUGUAGGCUGCAUGAGGCUGGCUCCUUGCUAUCUCAGAUAGUGUUUCGAGUUCUCCUUUGCAUCUAAGGAUUUUUUCCCGACAAUUUUGAUCUUUGAACUCUUGAGAUCCGAUGACGGCCCUAUGUGGCGCUGACCUUCAUUUGUAACAUUGACCUCAUCUCCAAACACCAUUUUUGCCUCAUCUGUAAGUACGCCCGACUUGACAGUCAGCCAGCUCUUUGAUCCGUUCACUAGAUAACCAUACUUCUUUCCUUCCUGACUCAGGUGAUUGUACCAGUUAUACAACGACACAAUUUGUCCACCCCCGUCGGCCAGCCAUACUUGUUUAACACCUGGUGUGCUUGCCCUUAAACUCUGGAUCAUGAUAGACGAAUUGACAAAGUACCAGGGGAUGGCCAAGGGAUCCCCCUGCCUCGUACCCUCCUGUGAUAAUAUAUCACCUCCGCUGCAAAUAAAGCCUCAAGGGGCUUCUGUAGGUGUUAAUGAUGUAAACUGACAUUUCCUUACAGGUUAUCUGGAUGUUAUGCAAGGCAACGGAUCUGUUCCUUUGGUUAAAGGCGCUGCUUGCAUUUACCAGUAAAAUACCAUCUGUUCCUUCCUCUACAAACACUUGACUCAUGGCAUGUAUCGCGGCCUCUACGUCUGCAUUAUGGCCUGCGCAAACCCGAAGGAGGCCCGCUGCCUCUUUGAUCUCUUCCUUGAAAAAUCCAGCAAUAGUUUUUCCAAUAAUUCGCCUCAGGACCUCACCAACGCCAAUAGGUCGUAUUCCAGGGUUUUUGGCCAAGGGGAUUAGUCUGCAAGAGGUAUAGCCUUCCAGCAAAGAUGGAUGGUAAGCGAUCUUUAACAGAUUUCUUGUGAAAACGCUACCCCCUCUCUCAAAACGUUGCCCUCAGCCUUAAAAUUCUUAGAGCAAAGGAUUCUUCGAUAUAACUCAGCAUCCAUCCCCGACGGCCCGGCUGAGCCCUUUUUUUUUUUUCUUUUUUUUUUUUGCAGCAUCAAAGAUCAUUUUCUCGUAGAUCAAGUAAAAAACGCCAGGAGGAAUGUAAUAAAUGGGCCCGUAUAAUAAACUCUCAUCCGCGAUAUCUGCCGCUUCCGGGUGUUUCCCCCUUCAACCCUUCUAGGACUUCUGGUGUAAGGUUAAGUAAGCCCGUUGAGCUCUCGCUAUCCAAAAGCUUAAUAGCUGCAGAUAACUUUCCUUGGAAAGCUAGUUUCGCAAAAACUUUGGAUAUGUCCUCAACUGUCCUAGCCUUCUUCAAAUUCACAAACCUACCUUGGAUGAAUUUCACUUCUUUUAACAAAAGAUCUAAAUCUCCUUGCCUCCACACGUUUAAUCUUAGUUCUAUCGCUGCACUAUGCUCCUUGCUUUUACAAGUAGCGGACGACUUUUUUAGGUUUAAGGUUGGGAGCACCGUAAAAGCUUUCAAAGCAACGGAGUUUAGACCCGAAUUCGAAUUAAACUGCUUUAUCCAGAGUGUUAGCUCAUCUAUAAAGGCUUUUCCGGCUCUUCCCGAUGAUAUAUUGAAAAUAUUUCAUCUGAAAUAGACAAUUUCAUCGUAAACACCAUUAAUAGUAUCACAGAAGCUCUCGUGACUGAUAUUGCCCCACGGUUUGUUCGUGAUUUCAAUGGGAAAAACCUCGUAAUCGGAUAGGUUUGGUUGAAUUGUGUUUUGCGCUCUCUGUGUUGUAUCUUGAGAUCUCUGGGGAGAAGUAGUUUGCUUAACUUCAUUACUUGCUUGAUGAAACACAUCCGCAUCAAUCACCAACGUGUGCAAAUCCAAGUUCACAGAGUUUGCAAAACUAGCAUUUUCAGCUUGCCGGGGAACAUUGUUUUGAUAAGCAGAUUGACUAUUUUCUUCAAAAACCUCUCCUUUACUGGACUCAGAUUCUCCCUUGUUUCCCUCCGCUAAACUGAAGUUUCCGUUGUUCCUCGCACGAUCCUACAGCAUUUUUUUCCAAUCUUGAGGCCUGAUCUCUCAAGUUUUCAUUCCUUAACUCAAGAUAUCCAUAACCUUUCUCCUCCCAUAAAUCCUUCAUCAGUUCUAUAUAACCUUUCUUCCUUCCAUUUUUGUAAUAAGAAGGGUUAUUUGAAGAUACCAUUUCCUUGGCUUUUUUCUUGCACUCUGGAAUAUAAAUCGCUGCUCAUUCGUUCUGUUCAUUUCACCUUAAUUGCUUUUCUCGACAUGUCCACACACAUGCAUUAUUAUUAUUAUUAUUAUUAUUAUUAUUUAUUAUUACAGACCAUUCUCGUUCCGGCCAAAAAAAAAAAAAAACAUGAAUUAGGUGAACAACAUGAUCCAUGCUGGCUUCUAGUCCGUGACUGUAAAUAUCGAAGAUCGUUGGCCAGGCUAAAAAAAUAACAUUUUGAUAAUUUGCAGAAAAACCCCUUUGGGGAACUAUCUUGGAAAAAAUAUUUUCAACUGUUAGGAAUCUAUACUUUUAGAGAAAACGAGCAAAAACGAAAAAUAGCGGUUUUUACCUGAUAAAAAAAUUACAGUAAAAAUGACCUACUUUAUCGCGUCUCUACCGAGGCAGUAUAUACAAAGCUAGGAAACAGAAAUGUUUUCGUUUAAAAGUAUUAUACCUAUAAUUUCUAUCCAAUGUAUGUUUUAAAUCAUAAACUCGAUUUUGAAAUUUUUACGGUUUUUUUAAAAACUACAAUCAAACGCACUUUUUUAAAUUGGUAAAAAAUGAUCAACUUCAGAGGCAAAAAACUCAUCUUGUGUAUGUGUGAUACCUAGCCAAAAUGUAUACUACGACAAAGUUCAGUUCGUAUGUGUAAUCAAAUGGAGACGAGUGAAAUUAGGGAAUAAUUUCACGCGUGUUUUGUCCAAAUCCUUAUAGCACUGAAACGCCCGUGGAGGUCGGUACAUCAAAGCAAUGGGCCUGCAAGGCAUUGUGGUUAAAAAUCCAGAGGCAUCGUGGGUAGAAAUCGAAAAUUUUUGUCCCUGUACAGAAUAGCUCUGCUGCUUUGCUCGCUCGCUUCGAGCUCGCUUGCGCGGCAGCAAUGAAUGGUACAGUUUCAUUUUUUUAUUAUUAUUAUUUUGACUUUUUAAAAUUAAUUAAUAUCCCGGAAUGUUCUGAAAUGUUCCUUGUCCCGGGUUUUAUCGACGGCUUAAAUGAUGCUGUCUUGCACCUAAGCCCGAAACACAGUCAUUUGCUAACGGCCGGCAUCUGCCGCAUUUUGACAGCUGUCAAUUGACCUUGAUACGGUUGUAGUAUAAAAAUUAAUGAAACUGACGGAGGAUUGUCGUUUUAGUUUGUGUGACAUUUCAACGACAUCAACUUACUUGUAGAAGUGAAUUAACUGAGUAGGAUGAGGGCUCCGCUAUAAAAGAGAAAAGGCUCGCAGACAAAGUCGUUUAGGAAAAAAACAAUGAUAAAUAAAAUAACUGGUCUGAUUAAAAACAUAUUUUCUUUCAUUGCAGAGUUUGCCAGAAAUCUGGAUUACAAUGGUAAGUCAAGACUUUUCAUGAGUAGUUGUUACCGAUUACUCCUUCCUUUAAAGAAAAAAAUGCCCAUGGCUGGACAGUUUUCUUUAAAUGAUUUGGAUUUUCGUUAUAUACGUAUAAAGUCAACGUAUGAAAACGAUUGAAAUUACCAAUUAGAUUUGCAACAGGAUAGAAUGUCUUACAUCUGGGUCUGUAUACCAAUUGUUAUAUGAGCAUAAGAAUCUAAAUGUGUGUGAGCAUUCCUGUGACGCAAUAUAGUGACUUUCUAUUGUUAAACGCCACUUUAGUGCAAAUGUUCUCUUAAAAACGUCGAAUAAAGUUCGUAGCUUUUCGGGCCAACCGAAUCAAAAGUGGUACAGGAUGUUGAAAUAAAUUCCCUCUCACUUCGUUCCUUUACAUGUAGCUACCAGUAUAUGCUACAGACUAGGCUUUGAUGUCAAGGCUCUCUGAAUUUGUAUGUCCAAGCGAAAACCUAGAGCAAAUCGCUAAGAUCCCUGACCUGACUUGCCAAAACAACCCCGCACUGAAACUCAAGGGUGCCAAGAGUAACCAAAGUUAGACUGUUAAAAGACUAUCCCACCCACCCCUGUGCUUUUGACAUCGAGCUUCAGGUCGGAACCUACAAACAGAUUCAAUCCGUGCUAAAUUAUUUGUCUUGCUUAUAGUUUCCUUGAUGUAAAUUUACACGAACUCUCUUUCAUUAGCUCAUUCCUUGAUAAUGGCGUCAUGAGGUCGCCGAAACGUAGGGGCAUUAUUUGGUUAGCUUUUACUUGUUUGUGUAUGACAAAAUCAUUAUUAUAAUGAUACUUAAUGUUUUUUUUUCUUUUUUCCUUAAAUUAUUUCUAGCUGGUGGAAGAUAGCUACCCACCUUGGUUGGUCUUCACUUGAUUUAUCAGAAGGCUUGAGUCCUCUUGAAUCUACUGAUUCAAAUUCAGAAGCCCUCGCUCAACUUUUAUUUGCUGCUUAUCUUGUUUUGACCCUUAUCAUGCUGAUCAACAUGCUAAUCGCCUUGCUUUCCAAUACUUACCAGCGGGUGCAGGUAAUUGUCAAAAACUUUCUGUUACUUGAGGUUACAUUACUUUAUUUUUUUCUAUUUUAUCAGAUACCUAAUCCGUUUAACAGUUUGAAAAGUAGUGUCUAUCAAGGUUAACAAUUCGAGUGCGAAGCGAGAUGAUUUUUUGACUUCAUAAAACACGGGCGCGGUGAGUGUUUUGAACUGCUUCAAAACUGACUUGUUUGACCCCGCAUUCGCGCUCCUCUUUCACACGAAUCCCGCAUCCAGAGUAUCUGUCCUACCCAUCCCAAAUAUAAUCUUCGUUCCCAAUCCCGCAUUCGUGCUCAUUUUUGCGCAAAUUUAUCCUCCCGGGUAGCAAUAAAAUCCCGUCUCCUGUUAUCGUCUCAGGAAUCCAACACUGUAUUUUGGCGAAAUCCCAGAUCCCAGAAAUAUCCUCGUACUCUCUGUAUCAUUUUCUUUUAGGAUAAUUCACGAAACGAAUGGCUUUUCAAAAAAGCAAUUGCAGUCCAGACGUAUCGAAACUAUCAUCCCAUUAAUAUUCCAGUACCGUUUAAUAUUUUUUCUAUUCCUGCUCUGUCGAUAUACAAACUUUGUAAGGGAAAAGCGGAAGAAACAGAUCCGUUGAAGGGCAAAAGUUUAGGAAAGGUAAGUCGUUUUUUUUAAUAACUUCAGACUUACUGGUCGUUAUAGUGUCUGAUUUAUUUCACGCUCUCUUCUGCUUAAUGAUACUGCAAGUUAUCAAUCAAUCAAUGAGUAACUUGAGGACGUUUCGGCAAAAUUAUUUACCUACGACGAACUCAGCUACAAGGGUUCCGGGAUUACACGAGCUGUGCCGGUUAGCUUUGUAGAGGAGACUUUUAUCGUGGUAUGCACGCCAGUGAUCUCGAUACCGAGAUCCCAGCCAACCGGGCUAGCUUGGUUGUCAUGUAAUCACAAAAUUGAUUUUUGGCGCGGAGAACCAUCCCGGCUGAUAUAGUCAGAACCUAAUUUAAAUCAGUCAGAUGUCUUUUAUUUUUAAUCGCAUUAGAAAGAAGAGUGUCUUCCGACCUUCUCCACACCGAUGGUACCUCUGUAAUAGAACAAUAAAAAUUCUAGUAGUUAGCUCUCCACUUGAAAAUCACGAGAGGCAUUAACUUGAGAAAUGUUCAAGCUGGCUAUAAUUCUAGUUAUACUUUAAUUCCAAAACUGAACAAAUGGUAUACAGUAGAACCCCGAUAACUCGAACUGUGAAGGAAACCAAAAAACAGUUCGAGUUAGCGGGGCCUCGAGUUAUCGGGAUCAAUUGAAUAUUCAAUGUGCCAUGUUAAUAAUUGAUAGUUACUGAUUUUUCGGCACUUCAGUGUAUAGUACAGUGGCUCGCUCCUGCUGGGUAUCCCAAUAAAAAUAGCAAUAAUGGAAAAAUAGAAAGCCCGCGGAGGACGGUGGGAAGAGAGAAAAAGCGGGAUCCUCUGCCAUAUAACGCAUUCAGGAAGGCGCCGAAUUUCCGACGAAGACAAGACUGAAACUAGGUCGUAUUCUCAUAGAUGUUUACAAAAUGGCGGAUAUGGUGCAACAGGUUUCCCUCCUCGUGCAACCCUUUCAGGGGGUAAAUCAAAGUGUAGGACUGGGAUUUUUUAAAUACUUUUAGAAUGGUGAACACUGAUGUCAAGAUCAUUGCGAAUUUCGUGAAAAUACGGUAAGGAAACGGCUUGACUUUCAAAGAAGUCCCUUGUUGCUCCGCACCCUUUUCUUUUCAGGUUUUGUGUUGUGAAACUUGUGAGGGCACGUUGU